UGCUUGUAGUAACUAGUGACGACCGAACCACUGUAGCAGGAGCUUCCGGUUUGUCGGUUGAUGUAGCAGAAAUUAAAUCGUUUUUGGAAACAUCAUGUACCAAGUAUUCAUCUAAAUCGUAUGGAUAUUGAAUAAUAAUAUGGCCGUAGCCAUGAGUUCAACCUGUCCGGGACAUUAUUGUGGCAAGAUGUUGAUAAAUGGCUCAGUUGAUGGAGAAUGUGGAUUGAAUUAUCAGGUAUGUCCCAGAGGAGAGAAGACAAACAUGCAGAAGAUCUGUGAGAAGUGUACAGAAUCCCCUGAACUUUAUGACUGGCUGUACCUGGGCUUCAUGGCAAUGCUGCCACUGGUUCUACACUGGUUCUUCAUCGAGUGGUACUCUGGGAAGAAAAGCUCCAGUGCCCUCUUCCAACACAUCACAGCCCUGUUUGAGUGCAGCGCUGCGGCUAUGGUGACUCUGCUGGUCAACGACCCAGUGGGUCUGCUGUCUAUCAGGUCCUGCAGAGUCCAGAUGCUUUCAGACUGGUACACCAUGCUGUACAACCCCAGCCCAGACUACAUCACCACUCUACACUGCACACAGGAAGCUGUCUUUCCCCUGUACACUAUAGUGUUGAUCUACUACGCCUUCUGCCUGGUGUUUAUGAUGCUGCUGCGGCCACUCCUGGUCAAGAAGAUCGCCUGUGGUCUGGGGAAAUCUGACCGCUUCAAGAGCAUCUACGCUGCUCUCUACUUCUUCCCCAUCCUGACAGUCCUGCAAGCUGUGGGAGGCGGCCUGCUCUAUUAUGCUUUUCCAUACAUUAUUUUGGUGUUGUCCCUGGUUACCCUGGCAGUGUACAUGUCAGCCUCAGAAAUACAGUCUUUCAAGAAUCUCGCUGCCAAGAAGAAGAGGUUGGUGGUGCUCUUCAGCCAUUGGCUACUUCACGCGUAUGGCAUCAUCUCCAUCUCCCGAUUGGAUAAACUGGAGCAGGACCUACCUCUAUUGGCCCUGGUACCUGGACCCGCCCUUUUCUACCUGCUCACUGCCAGGUUCACUGAACCUAGCCGGAUUCUGUCAGAAGGCGGCAACGGCCACUAGAACUAUUAUAGAUGGAUGUGGGUAUUAAAGUUAGACUCAGGGAAUUCAUGUUGCCACGAGCAGCACCGCGGAUAUCCACCUGUCUUAUCAAUUCAGGAGGUGUUGUCCAUGGAGAUAUAUGGACGCUAGCCUUUACUGCCUUCUCUGUGUAUGGUAGGAGGAUGACUGCUGCAUGCAGUGUUGAUAGUUGAUAUUCCUCUCACAGUGAAAAGAUUUUAGGAUAUUCCUAGAACUAAGCUGGGAAUACAAACAACUUGUACAUACUGUAUGUCUAAACUACAAAGCUCCAUAUAUUUCAAGUGUUAAUUAUUGAAUGGUAUCGUUUGUGUCCACAUGAAUGUUGUCUUUACAACCUAAGGCCUAAGAUGUACUGUUCCUCAUUGAGGCUGUUUUGAGACAUGUUUUGUCAUUAGACAUUCACUCUGUGUCAUAUUAUUUUGGGCUCCUCAGUGGCUCAGCGAUCUACGUCACUGCAUCUCCGUACUAGAGGCAUCACUACAGACCCUGGUUCGAUCCUGGGCUGUAUCACAACCGGCCAUGAUUGAGAGUCCCAUAGGGCGGCACAAUUGGCCCAGCGUCGUUAGGGUUUGGCCGGGGUUAGGCCGUCAUUGUAAAUAAGAAUUUAUUUUAAACUGACUUGCCUAGUUAAAUAAACAAAUCAUAUAUGCUCAACAUCCUUGAUUGCUGCAGUGAAAUCAAAAAUGGUCUCUGGAUUGACCCAUAGUUUAAGUUGUUAGAUGUUCUUAAACUAAAUCUAAUGUGCCAAAAACUCUGAACACAUGCAUACAUCCAGUGGCAGAUAAAAUAGUUUAUUAUAACCUAAUAUUAUGUUACAAGCCAAGUGGGAUAUAGUUCCAUUAUUUUGCUUGAUCAAAAAUGGAAUGAAAAUUAUCCUGCUGUUUCCCCGUAAAUUAUGUUGGGGAAAUACGCUUGUUGGAUAGUAAGGAAAUUAAAUUGUGAAUGUAUUUUAUGCAUGCUCAUUGAAUGCUUGUAAAUAGAUGACAAUGGAUGUGUUUAUUAGAAAUAUAUAUUUUUAUUGCAGUGUAAAACAUGCAGAACGAGGACUUGACUAGCUACAAUUUUGACUUGUAAAAUGUAUUGUUCAAAAAAACUUGUGAAAUGCAGUGUUAUAAAGUAUGAAUUUUCUGAAAUAAAAAUCAGAAGUGUGAGGACUCAUCUACUUUCAUCUCAUAUGA